AAUGCUAAAAGAGAAUCAAAUAUGGACAUUUGAAAGAAAUGAAUUCGAAAAUGAUAAUCUGCAAAGUAUGGUUGAAAAAUAUGCAAUAGAUAACACAAUACUUUUAGCAAUAACUGAUAAGGGAUACUUGGAAUUAGCAUUAAACUUUUACAAGUUUUCAAUUGAGAAACAUUCCAUUAAAAAUUUUCUAUUUGUUUGUAUUCAAAAAGUAACUCACCAGAGGUUGAAUAAGCUCAAGAUACCAAAUGUUCUAUACAUGAAUGAUAACAGGGGAAAUGAAGAAAGUCUUUAUGGAAGCUCAGAUUACAAAUGGAAAACUCAUGUUAAAACCAAAGUAAUUCUUGAUGUGUUAAGAAUGGGUUAUCAGGUUGUUAUUACAGAUGUUGAUAUUGCCUUUUUAAAAAAUCCAUUAAAAGAGUUUCAAUGCCCACAGUGUGAUAUAGAAGCGACAAUGGAUGGACAUAAUAUAUACAAUAGUGGCUUUUACUUGAGUAGACCUACACAAGCAUCUAUAUCACUCCACAAGAAAAUGUUGAGUGGGCCAAGAAGAAAUUCAUCAAAUCAAAUUUUAAUGAAUAACAUAGCAAGAUCAAUGACACAAGCCAGUGAAAUAAAGAUAAUGGAAUUAACUGUAGAUAAAUGGCCUUAUGGUUUAUUAUAUUUUAAUAGACAUCCUUGGUUUAGUGAAAAGAAUAAGUGUAACAAAUGCAUCAUUAUUCACAAUAAUAGGAUAACAAGUAGUCAAGCUAAAAUUUAUCGUUUUAAAGAGCACCUCAUGUGGUAUGUGGAUGAAAAUGGUGAAUUCUUCUAUGAGACAAAGCAAUAUCUUGGAAUUGCAAAAUGCAUUAAUUAUUGCCAAGAUACUGAAUAG